AUGCACUUCACCCAGACUCUCUUCGGCCUCGCUGCCGCUGCCGCCGCUGCCCAAGCCGCCAACACGGUCACCUUCUGGACCCUGGACGACAUUGAGCGCACCGUCUACUUCACCGCCAGCCCGGGCUCGCCCGACCUUGCGCCCGUCGUCGUCAGCAACAAGGAGAAGACGACCGUCACCUUCCCCGACAAGUACAUUGGCAACUACUACGCCGUCCAGAAGGGCCAGGAGAACAAGCCCGGCAUGCUGGGCGAGGUCGCCUUUAACGGCUGGAACGGCAUGACCUACUAUGACGUCUCCGCCAUUGUCACCCCCUCGGACCACAACAAUGUCAAGCAGAUGUGGCCCGUCAACGAGGCCGGUCCCAUGUCUGGCUGCGAGACGUUCCCUUGCGACAACGCCUACUGGGUGCACGACGACAUUCAGACCAAGGUCACUCACUCUACCGAGCUCAUGACCACUCUCGGUUCUGGCAGCACUGGCCUCACCUUUACCCUCUAA